UUGAAACAGUCCAGGAGCUCCUGCGAGAUGCCCUGGAGAAGAAUCAGCAGUGGCUGGAAUACGAUCAGCAGAGAGAGGCCUAUGUCACAGCAGUGUUGGCAAGAAUCCACCAACUCGAGCCACAGCAAGGUCUAGGCAUCCAACAGCAGCAGCAGCAGCACAAAGAACCUGAUUCAGAAGAGAUGAGGGAAGCACAGAGGCAGUAUGACGAGGCCCUGCAGAGCUGUGAAGAACAGCUAAAGCAGGAACUUCAGAGCAUUUCUCAGACGCAGGCAGAACUGGGCCGAGUGAGGAGGGAGCUCCUUGACAAAAAGGAAGAGGUUUGCCAAGUGCAGAUUCUGAUCCAAAGCAAGCAGAAAGAUCUGGACCAGGUGCAGACGUAUAUCAAAGACAAGCAGGAGAAGCUGGAUCAGGUGCGACACCAGAUGAAAGAGAAGAAUGGAGAUUUGAGUGAAAUGCAGAACCUUCUUGACAGCAAAUGGAGCGAGCUAGAACAGGUGCAAAACCAGCUCCAGGUCAAGCAGUGUGAACUUGAUCAAGUGCAACACUGCAUCAGGGACCAGCAGAGCCAGAUGAGUCAGAUGCAGCAGCAGCUGAAAGACCAGAAGAGAGAACUGAAGAAGGGGAUGCAGCUGCAAGAGGUCUUGCAGAAACAGCAUGAGGAGCAGACCAGGAUUGCUCUCCUAGAGAAGCAGGUUUCACACUUUACUGAGGAUGUAGAAGAGCAGACGCAUGAGAAACAACAUUUGCAGAGGCACCUUCACAAGGUUUUAAAAGAUCUGAGCAAAGCUCAGGACUACAUCUCCAAAUUAGAGGACAAGUUGGAUGAAGUUCAGAGUACAACUGGUGCCUGUGAGGAAAGGACCGAUCCUGGGCCAGAGAAGAUAGUCAGACAGAGUUUUCAGGAGCUCAAUGCAUCACCAAGAGUGGCCAACCCCCUGGAUGAGAGCUUUCUGGAGUGUCCGAACUGCAGAAUCCAGUAUCCAGCUAGUCGUCAUAGGGAGCUAGUGACUCAUAUUGAUGAGUGUUGUGGAUGAAAGUCGUCAUAGGGGGCUAGUGACUCCUAUUGAUGAGUGUUCUGGAUGACCGCAUGAUGCAGCAUAUUUCAAUUAUAACAAGACAAGUUUUAGAAUACAUUCAUGUA